AUAUUUAUUAUGCAAUUCCAUUUGCAGCAUUGCUCUUUUAUAGAGAGUUUUCUAACUCAAUUCGGUCCAUAGAAAUAAAAUUAAGUUAUUGAAUUCUUAAUAACUAUGGGGAUAGAUUUGGCAAAUAAAACAGGAAUAAGAAACACAAAAGAAUUAUAUUAAUUAUUAAAACAACUUUCAAGUACAUAUAAUAUAAUAAAUUCGAGAAAAUAUUAAAGAACAAACAUAGGGAGAUAUAAAAAAUGAAAUAAAAACAAUUCAAAAAUAAUUGAGAGAUUUAAAUGAGUUAAUUUAAAUCUCUUAAAGAGAGAAUAGAAAUGUAUAAGGGACACGUAAAAAAUAAUAAGGAAUGAAGAAUUAUGAAAAUAGAUAUGAAUAAUAUGAAGAUAAUCAUAUUCAUCGACCAGAUUAUUAAAAUACAUAUUAAAGUUAUAAUACAUAGAGAUCGUAAUCAAAAUCUCCAGUGUAAUUAAGUGAUCGUACUCCUCAUAAAUUAAAGCAUUCAAGAUCUCAUUCACAUAGAAAUUUAACUCCAAAAAUUACUGAAUCACCUCCUCCUCCUUAAAUAGUAUACAUUAAUAAAAUGCAUAACAAAUUCGAUAUAAAACCAUAAUUUGAUGAUAGAUAAAUGUAAGAUUUCAAUGUUUUUCUAGUAAAAAAUUAAUGUAUGGUGAUCAAAAAUAAUAAGACAGAGGUAGAUAUUUUGGUAAGAGUCCUUCUCCUUAACAAUUAGUUUACUCUUCUUAAACUAGUGGAGGUUUAUCAUAUAGAUAAUAUCAAUAUAUUCCACAUUAAUAGGAUAAAUAGAAAUAAAAUAUUUCACCUAAAAAAUUGCCUACUUAUCUUCAAAAUGUGGAAUCAAAAAUAAAACCUAUGAUUGAUUAAGAUAAACUCUAAUAUAGAGAAAAUAAGAAUAAGAAUUUAGAUGGCACUGUAAAAAAAUUAAAUAAUAAUAAUAAUAAUUCACUUCAAUAAUAAAAUAGCGCUGAAACUGAUACAUUCUUUGAUAUUCAACAAUAUAUAUAAGAUUAAAAGAAAUACUAGUUUUCACCAGUCUAAGAAAUGAAUGACGAUGAUAGGAAUGAAAAUGAUGAAGCAAGUGAAACUUUUUCUAAUUUCAGUCCACCUAAUGAAGAAGUAAAGGAAUUCUUUUAAUAAGAAUAUCUUUAAUAACGUAGAUGA